AUGGGCAAGCAGAACGUUGACCGGCCCGCAUAUCUGAGUUCCGAUGAUGCAAGAUACUCGGUCGGCAUUCAUCGAGGCCCAAUGGCUCCGAAGGGCCUCGAUGAGAGCUCCAAGCUGGAACUGGUCGAGUCUGCAGGGGGCCGCUCGCUCGCGACCACCCGCACCCGCAGGCAAAAGUUUGCUGCGCAUUGGAGGCGCUUCUGGUUCUGCUACCUCCUCGGGAAUGUCAUCUUUCUCGCUAUUUUCCUCCCCGUCUUCUUUCUCGUCGCCAUCCCGGCCAUUUCGCAGCUAGUCGUCAACAAAUCAGACCUGGUUCUCGUCAAUGCGUCUGUCAUGCAGCCGAGACCAGACUCGAUUGUGUUAACCCUGCAGUCUGCGCUCGACUUGCAUCUCGCCCUGUCGGUCCGCAUUGAGCCUCUCAGUCUGAACCUUUUCGAGCGAGAUACUGGCCCCGAAUAUCCCUGGGGCAAGGGCAAUAUUCCUGGAAUCACCAUUCGGGGGAAUACCACCCUGGGUGUGAAAACGCAGCACACGCCGCUCCUCAACCAGACAGUCUGGACCGAUUAUGUCCAUGAUGUGGUGUUCAAGAAGGAGUCGACAUUGGCUGUGCGUGGAUCCACUAAUUCCUAUUUGGGGGUGCUCAAAUCGCACGUCACGAUGGACAAAGAUAUUACAUCGCCGACUUUGAACUCCUUCGAAGGCUUCAGCUUAUCCGACACUUAUCUCAAGCUUCCUCCUCUCGAGGAUGGCACCAACCUGCUCGGCAACGCUACGCUCCCCAACCCCUCCGUGCUCACCCUGGAAAUUGGCCAAAUCGUCUUGGAAGUCAAGAGCGGCGACCUCGUUAUCGGAAAUGCCACCCUGGAAGACGUGAUUCUUCGACCCGGCAACAAUACCUUCCCGGUGAAGGGUAUACUGGAUAUCCCCACCAUCCUCCAAAACAUCGGCCAGGUUUUAGCCGACCAGGGCCCCUCGAUCAAGCAAGGCAGUCUUAGUUUAGUCUCGACCACCCGCACAGUCAAGUGGAACGGCACCGUGGUUCCGUACUACACGGACGUGAUGUCGCAGCUCCCACUGACCGCCAAGGUCGGGCUGGUCUCGACCGUGAAAAAGACAGUCCAAGAGCUCUUCAGCGGCGGCAAGAACAUCACAGACGUGAUCCACGAGCUGACCUCAUACUCCAAGGGCAAUGGCACCGCUCUCCUGGAUGACCUCAAGCAGGGCAUCCAGGCUAUCGAGGGCAAGAACAGCAGCUCGGGCGCCCUGCACGAGAUGGUGAAGCGUAAUCUCUACUUGCGCGAUGAAUUCCAGGAAAGCCACCCUGAUCAAACGGACGAACUUUUCAACUCGCUUACGUCGUGGAUUGCGAAGCACUAA